UUUAGAAAAAAGAAUACUGUUUUUACUCCAACAUCCAGGUCAACGAUCUUUUCCUUCCGGUCCACCAAUAAGACAUUUGCGAUGUAACUACAUUCAUCGUUCAUAACUUUAUGAUUAAUAUAUAAAUCUUUAUUUGGGUAUAGUAUAGGUAAUAUUAGCAUAUUUUUUAAAGGGAAGAUGAAAGAAAAAGAAACUAUCAUGAUUUGUAGCGAGAUUUAAACUGACUAAAAUUUAAAGCCAACUUUUUGAUUUUUCUUUUCAUGAGAAAGAUCAGGAGUGUAAUACUUUUUUAACGGUACAUAUCAUUAAUCAAAUAAACCUUGAACUUAGAGAAUUUACAGAUUUGCUUAAUGCUUCGAUAAAAAAUUUGAAAGAAAAAAUGAGUCUUGUUUGUUAAGUUUUUUUAGCUUGUUGAAAAAAUGACAAAAAACUUACUUCAUAAAUCGGCUGCUACUUGGUGGUUAUAUUGGAAAACAAAACUUCGGUAUAAACAGAACUUCGUUCCAUCGCUCAAAGAAUAAGUUGAUCUGUUCAAGAUAAAGAAAAUGUGUACGCAGCUAACGUACAGUCGCAAGUGCACGGACAGCUUAAAUAUAGAAUCCUUUCAUCACAGGCAUAUGAGCCAAGAGAAACAAUAACGAUGAACCAUCAAAAUGAAAUUUGCAUAGUUUUUAUUCUACUUGCGUUAUGAUGAAAAGUUUGCUUACACAAAAAAUUCUUGUGAUGACCUAAAGCACAAACUUUCAUCGUGUGUGGAAACAGGAAACUUUGCUAUAGCAUUUAUUAGUACGUUAUUCUUAACAUUGAACGAAUUUAUGUUUUGAAAUAUGACAAAUCAAGAUACCUACAACAAAGACUUUGCUAAGAAUUCUCAAUAACAUGAGACCAACCUGGGCCCCGGUAAAGCCAUAACUUUUUAAUAACAACAAGACGUUCUGUACACGAAUAAAAUUUAUUUUGGUGAGUGAAUCAGUUCACUGCAAUAUUAAAGAAAGUAGAAUUCAAUACAUAACGUGGAGGGACAUUCGUUUCACUUUCUACAUCAAUAUACAGCCAAUUUCCAUUUUCUUCUUUGUCAGUACUUCCUGUAUACAAAGGAAGUUUGUGUACAUCAUCAUGAUGCCCAGCCCAAGUUUUAAAGUAGUCUGACGUAGCCGUUAAGCCACUUCGGAGGUCAACAUCAACCCAGAAGAAUAUUUGUUUUGUCUGUUUCAAAACACCAGAUACAUACACGCGGUCUUAAUUUACCAUAUAAGACAUUUUAUUUUGCUAUCAGUUGAGUAUUUGUGAGAAGAAGAGUUAAGAACGCAUCACACGACGAAAGCGAAAGUCGUUUUUUUUAUAACAUCCAAAACUGAUUGUAAGAAGGCCAGCAGACGACAAAGAAGUUAGUCUUGGAGACAGGUGGAACCCGGCGUACAUUUCCUUACAUAAAAUCAAUUUCUGAGGUCACGCUAUGGUACCUGUACAAUUUGUUUAUAGUUACGUUGUUUUGAUAUGUUUGUUGAAUAUAUAUCCAGUGCCAGUGGUCAAAGCUAGCGACAAUUCUAUCAAAAUGUGCAAUUCGACUAAAAUAGAUCAAGUAAAUUGCACAAGGAAUUCCUCCGUUUCGCAAAAUAAUACAAAAGAUCCUUUAAACGAACUAAGACGAGGACCGUGGAUUACUAUCUUAAGCUUAUCUAUAGCUGAUUUCACUGCAUCUUUGUCUCAAUUCAUGAUUGUUGGAUUGGGUAGAUUGUUCAAGGUCAAACCUUCAAAAGCUGUCAUUUAUUCUGUCCUUUUCUUUUGGAUGUUUGGGACUGCGGGCUCAUUUUUUCACUUGACAUCACUCACAUGGCAAACUUACAUGAUUGCAAAGUAUCCCAAAUACAGACAACAAAUGUUCUCUACGAAGAAAAUUUACAUAUUAUGCGCCACAGUUUGGUUGAUUGCCAUUUGCAUGGCAUUUGCUGAAGUCACAUCACUUUACAUAAAAAAAUUUGACCAGCUUAUGUAUAUCUAUAUCACGGUCUAUGCUGUCUUAGAAAUCGCUGUUUUACUUCAGAUCAUAUUGAAGUGUUUCAUUUUUAAGGUUGUAUUGCAAAGUCGACAAGACACUAAAGUAAAUGCUAAACAGUACAACACUAAACACUUUGAAAUUGUAAAGGCAAUCAUUGUGCUGAAUGUCUUAUUACUGGUAACUGCAUUUCCUUAUUUUGUCGCCAAACAAGUGGAGUUUAUUCAAAGGCUUGGAAAAAUACAAAGUGAAUUGGCUUGGCGUUUUUCUUACUACUACGAACCAGUUGCCAUGGUGAAUUUCGCUGUAAAUCCAAUUGUGUAUGCACUAAGGCUUCCAGUUUAUCGAAACAGUCUGAAGGCGUUUUUUAAAAAGAACAGUUUUAUUUCUACUGAUACAGCACAGCAAUCGACAACUUCGUUCCAUUCUGCUGAUGAAACGAUUGCUUUGUAGAUAAUAUGCAUUGAUUAAUAUGCAUUGAUCAUAUAUAACUUGAUUACAAAUAUAUAUAAUGAUUAUUUUUUUAAUAUAGGUAAUAACAUAAACUUUAGUGGAAUUUGUAGUUAUACUUUUGUGUAAUUUUUAGUGUAAUGUUUGGAUUUGUAGCCAAUUUUGCCUGCAACAAACUAUUUUGAUAGCCACAUCAAAA